CUCAUCUCAUAUUGAAAGCCUCUGUAGUAAGGACCCGUUGCCUCUGAAAGGGUUGGUUAGCCACUUCUGAAACUUUAUUUGUAGCUGAGAGACCAGAAGAGCACUUGUGAUUUCAUAGCUGGAGAGAGAGAGAGUAGAGUAGGCAACCUUUUGAGAUUACUCACUAGGAAAUGGUUGAUCGAGACAGAGAGUGGGACUUUCAUCUCCGAUCCUUAUCCUCUAGUGCCAGAGACUCCAAUUUCGCCAACGAUCCUGCUUCCGAUCCAUCUCUCCUUACCUCAGUGAAAAAGCUUUCUGAAUUGUGCAAAGCUGAGAAAUCUGAGGAUUUGAUAGCUAGGGUUUAUCCGCAGCUCAGCAAGAUUUUUCAACGCUCCGUGGCUGCAAUUGCUCAAUCUCGGUCCUCUAACGGCCUUCUAUCACUGGCAAUUCUUCAAUUUUUCCUUGAUUUCGGGGAGGUGGUUCUACACGAUGCUGAUCCUAGUCUGAGGACUUUUUUCCGUUCAUGCCUGAGCCGCGAGUUUGCAGACCCUGUUGUUGCUGAAGCAACCCUUGAUUUUCUGAAUGUGAACAAGAAAAAACUUCUGACUUCUUUUCCUACCCUACUCCCUCAGUUUUAUCCCUUACUGCUGAAGCUGAUUGCAUGGAAUGGAAAAACAUUAGAAAAAUCAUUUUUGAAGGUGUUUCCAGGAUUGAUGUCUCCUGGAUCAUUUCUUCCACUGUUCCCAUCACUUGUUGAUUUACCAAUAUUGGUAGUGGCAAUGGAAAAGGUGGAACGGAGCUCCGGAUCCCUAAUUGGCAGCGGCAUAGCUUCAAUCCAGAAGAGUACGGCUCCUGAGAUGCUACUUGCACUCAUGGAUGAAGCAUACACUGGUUCAACCAUAGGGGAUGGGGGAGCUGACUCUGAAUCUGAGGAUAGCAAUACAAUGGCUGUAGCGGAUCCACUGUUUCUUGAGCUUCUUAAGGAUGAGAAUGACGGUCUUUCUGAACGCCAUUGGACUACUCCUGGGAUGGCUGCAGCACUGCAGGCUGCAACUAAUGCUCCUCAGUCCAACAGACUGAAACAAGCACUCAAUAUGACACCUCGCCUUCUUGAUGUGUAUUUUGCUAUAGCACUGCGCGAUGUUAAUGAUUCCUUAAUUUGUGCAUUGAUUCCCCUACUUAUGGCGAGAAAUGCCACGCUAUUUCCAGAUAAAAUUUUCACUUAUGAGGUUCAAAAAAGGCUCUUAGAGUUCAUGCUUUCCGCAUUUUAUCGAUCUCCUGGUUUCAUUGCACUUCUGAAGAAGCCUAUAGUAGACAGACUCGGAGAAGCUUAUGACAACCCUGCGAAGAUGGAGUUGGCAUUACAACUUUGUUGGGCAAUUGGGGAGCAUGGAGGGGGUGGUGAGUCUCAUAAAGAUGCAGCACGUGAACUUUUUGAGAGCUUGGAACUGCUUUUGUAUGAGAACCUUUCAUCCAGUCGUCUGGGUCUAAGUGAGUCAGCUCUUAGCUCCGGUGGUUCAGCCUUCAGAAAAUCGUCGCAAUCAAGGCUUCUGUGUUUUGUUGUGACAGCAAUAGCAAAGCUUGCCACACACCACCGUGAAUUACUACCAAGGGCUCGUGUAUCCUUGGCCAAGGUGGCUCGUUCUCGAAUCUCAGAUGUCAGGGUUUGGAGGCGUGCUCGUGAUUAUUUGGGUUUAAUGAAUGAACCUGCUAUAUGUUCGUCUGUCCUGGGUCCUUCACGACCUUCACAUGGAUGCAUGAAUAAUCCAGGCACUGUCAACUGGAAUGAAGGCGGCACAAAAAUGAUUGCUCAUAUUCCAUUUUACAUUCUUGGUGAACAAGAAGGUCCUCCAUUCCACGAUUUUUCCUUCUCAGAUAUCCUUCCCAGAAGAUAAUGAAGCUUAUUUUGCAGAAAGAAAUGAAUUCCUGGAAUCCCCAAAUUUAUAUCAUCCCAAGGUAUCCCUGGAAUUCCUUUUAUUUAGCCAUGUCCGUGCUUGAGAUAUCAAACUUGGAGGUUUCCGAUACAGGUAAUUGUUGAGAAAUGUAGACUGGCGCAGACGAUUUGCUGGACUUGGCUAUCCCUGUACCUUUUAUUUAUUUAUUUUUUAUUUUUUUGAAGGUCAAGCAAAUUGUAUAUUUAUAUAAAUAGAAUAAUACAGCAUAGCUGAAGAUUACAUGGCCCAAAGGCCCAAGAGAGUAAUGCAAUACAAACAUGGCCCAUUAGGCCCAAACCCUUGUAGAACCUGAUACAACUACUCGAGGCACUGUACCUUUUUUUUUUUUUUUGGGCGUUUGCAAUUGUUCUUGAUGUGGUGGAAUAUUGUGGAGUGUCAUGGCAUUUAUUUGAUUAAUUGAUCAUUGGCCUUC